GAAGCACACAAACAAACAAUAACAAUAAAAAGAGACGCGAGAGGGUCGGCUUUACAGUGAGGAUGCCACCAAAAUAAGUUUAGUUUUCCCAUUUUUCACCAGUAUUCGUGUUAAAUGUGCUAAAUAAUGUGUUGUGUUAGCACGAAUAGUGAAGGAAAGCAUCAGUGUGUAUAGGAAUUCGCAGAAUCACGUCGCAAAUGAAGCGAACAUUCCAGUUACCGCCACGACGCCAUCACGGCCAACGACCCCGCAACCUGUAAAACCGGAAAAAGGUGUAAAUGUUAUUCGCACAUCGGCGAUAGAAUAUGCAAUUUUUGUCAGUGUUGGGUUGUGUAACCCAUUUAGUGAGUGAAUUUUAACAAUUUGCCGACUAAAGCUAACCUCAACACACACACACUCGCAGACGUGGCCUCGAACUGACACCGCCAUGGAUGAUUUUGACUCCGCUACGUACUCCAUCGAAUCCGAACCGGAUCGGAAACGGAUCCCGCUCGACGAUGUGAUACUCCCGACGGUGCGGCGCAGUGCAAUACAGAUCGUGACCCUAUCGCCACGCCGCCAGGCGAAGCGAUCGAUGCCACUUACCGGCGAUAUGGAUGGCACGAUGCAGGUAACAAAGCUGGUGCUAAAAACGCCACCCGGCAGCCCCAAACGACAGCCCAAAGCCCCCGGUGUGCUGGUGAAAUCGAUACAGACGAUUGCUGGACCGGGUCUUACCGGCGUUACCACCCAGCAUGGAACAACGGUGGCCGCAAAAGUGAACAACAUCCUGACGGAGAAACGUAACCUUCCACUGCCGGUGGCGGAUGAUCACACCGGCGCCCCGUACCGGAUAAUACCGAUCCACCGCUCGCCUCAGCAUAAGGAUAGCAAAAGCGAGUUCGAAGCACGGCGAUCGGAGCGAGAGCACGCGACGCACGAAUUUCAAGAUUUCCUUCGGGAAAGCUUUAAGGAAAACAAAACCCCUCCUCCCUCUACACCACCCCUGCCGGCUGUACCGUCCUCCUCUUCCGCGAUCGAAGUCACUCGUUUGGUGGAAUCGACUGGCCAAUCGGAUACGGAAAGUGCGCCCCGUGGUGGAAUACAGUCCAUAAGUACCGGCAAGACUGGUAUUUCAAAAUUGGAAAGUUGUAUGAUUGCACCGAGAGAGCAGAUAAAACCAAUCGAUGUCGAAUCUCAGCAUGCCGGGCAGGAGAAGGAAGUCCAUGUAGCUGCACCAACGCCCGCAGCUCGUCGCUCGUUGCUAAUGGAAACCGCACCGACUGCCGUUCACACGUCAAACGAACAGACUGCAACUGAAAGUAUUAAAAGCAUGCCCGUGGGUGCGAAAACUGUAACCACUAGUAUUAAACAUCCACCUGUAGUAAAGCAAGAAUCUCACGAAACUGUCGAAACCGCAGCGAAAGCGACACGUUCUAACCCAGUGCGGCCAAAACCGCCAACCAGACCCACCCCUACAAAAACUGCCCCGAAGGAAGAGGUAAAGAAGAAGGAGAAAUCUUACGAUCCCGCCAAGGCCCGUGAAUUCAUGAAGGAGCAGCAAGCGAAACGACGGCUGGAGAAAAAGGAUGCUCCUACCAGUGGAGCGGCCAGCAGUUCCAAAGGUGCCGCCGAAAAAGACCUCAUCAAGAAGCGGCUGGAAACGCUCCGACAGAGCUCACAAAAGUUGGUAUCAAAAAACCUGCAAAAAGCACGCAAACGGUCAGUCUCUUGCACUCCGAAUGGAGGAUCCAGCAAACCGAUUGCUACGAGUAAGGAUAAAAGUGCUGCUUCUGCACAGCCCAAGAACCGCGCAGGUGCAGUUAAGCCGACGUUGAGAUUGCGCAAAUUUGCCUCCACUCCCACAUUGCGACUGGUAAAGAGAGAAAAUGCUCCGAACGAAGAGAAACAGAGUAAUCCAUUAAAGAAGGCAGAACCAGAACAACCUGUGCGAAGUGUUGCUGAGCCAUACUCAGCCGCCAGUCGUAGCAGUGAUGGACGAGGAGGAGCCAAGGGUAAGACGUCAGGGAGAUCCGCUAACCCAUCCACUGCCAGCAGUAGUACGACGGGUAAAGCUAGCCUUAAAAUUGGUAUUCUACGCAAAACGGAUAGCAUGGCGUUGGAUGAUAUUGUUUCGCCGAGUCCGUUGAAACCGUUGCCAAAAACCGCAAAGGUAAACGCGCAGCUCAUAGUCAUCAACGCGGAUCAGGACGAGGCGAUCGAAGCGGCAGAAAAGGAACUGAAACUUCAAGUGCCGGAUGUAAAGCUUGUGGCGCCAAAUACAACAGCCGCAUUGGGUGUGUCACAAGAUCGCGAACGUCCUUAUACUGUUGCAAGGGAAGAACGUCCCGCGCACGACCAUCACGCUGAACCGGUCAAGAGCAUUCCUUCCUGGCUGAAACAAUCGCUACGCCAGCCCGAUCCAUAUCCUUUCAUAUUGGCCGUGCGUAAAAAGCUCGAAGCCGUGCAAAACGUUCGCGAGGAGAAAGGCCAACCGAUCGCUACUGAGGAAAAGCAAAAAGUCACACAACAGCAGCUACCUGGAACAAGAUAUAACGCUUAUUUGAACGAAAUUGAAAGUGUACCGUACAUCAGGAAGAAAGCAACCGGCUAUACUCAACCGACUGAAGGCAUUGCUUUAAACAAACGACAAUCGAAAGAUACUCUCGAUGGAGAAUCGGCCAUUGUGACGAAAAUAUCGACAUGCGCAUCACCAAACACUACGUCCGAGAUAAGCUCAAUUCGAUCGGACAUUGCUCUACCGCUGCCACCGCUAUUCAGUAGCACAAAAAUAGAGAUACCAUCCAAUAGAGAUACAUCCGCACCAUUUUAUCCUGCCACAGCAAGCGGCGGGCCCAUUAGUCCUCUUUCGGUCGAUCGAAUUUCACAAAUGAAAAUAGCCACUCCCGGCAACAUGUCUCGAUCAUCGCACAUUGGCAAUCUCACAAAAUCACUUGAAAGUAAAAACGAAGAAAGAGUUAAACCACAAACUGCUGCCGCCGCAUUCCGUCCAGAAGCUCCAACCACUCUACAGCAAUCGUUUAAUGAUCCGCAACCACUAGAUCGAUCACAGCGGGAGCUUGAGUAUCAGCGCCUGUUGGAAUCGUUCAAUCGUAGCCUAACACACGUGAUCGAGGUUAAUCAGCAGCUUUACUCGGCGCUCAAAAAUGUCCCAUCCGCACCAGCGAUUCCACCCUUCCCGCAGGAGGUGCUAAGGAUACGUGAUGAAAUGACGCAAACAUCGCUACCGAUACCAGUCCUUCCAAAGCCUGCUGUGGUAGCAACAGAGCAACUGCAAGAUAGCAAAGUGUCCGGUGCAAGUACAACAACGGCCUCAAACUACAGUGAUGACUUUGAACAUCAAAGUCAAACAGAAGCGCCACCGCCUGUGCCGGAACGAAACGCCAACGACACAAUAGCAGUAUCAUCGAACACAACUUUCUCUUCCGGCUCUUCAUCGCCAGCUUCCUCGGACAGUAACUCGGGCAGUGCCAGCAGCAGCAGUAGUAGCGACUCCGCCGAUAGUAACACUAACAACAGCUCAUCUUCACAAUCUUCAUCUUCAUCAUCGAUGGACCACGAACGGAUUGAUUCGCCGCGAAGAGCUGUAAAUCAUCCACCAGCAAAUGUCACCGACGAUGAACGAAAGGCUAAAAGUAACACCACCACGGCUCACUCGAGUGAUUUCGAUUCACGUUCAUUCAGCCUGUCGGAUAGUCACAACAACACGAUGAACAAUCAACCACCGCAGCCGGAAGAGUAUUUGCCGUCGUUCGAGGAGAGCUUGCGCAGGCGGCAAUUGCCGCCAAUGGGGCAUCAACAUGAUGGUUUUGAAAAACGGAGCAAUGAAAAAGAAAAAGGACUUGCUGGUGGCGAGCAAAACGUCUCCCAGGAUAGCAGCAUCAGUGAACAAUUGCCGCCAGAGGAUCGGGAGGAGGAACAAUCGUUCAGUUUCAAUCAUUCGGAAAAGGCAAACGACCUAAAGGUGAAUGCUGUGCCACCGAUGGUAAGCAAUUUGUCGGAAGAUAGCAUCAAGAAGGAUCUCCCUCAAGUGAAAAACGAUACGCUGCCAUACGAGGAGAAUUUGGAUGCAACGAUCAACAGCGAUCUUCUCGCCGCCAUGUUCAAUCGAACCGAUCUGGAAGUGUCCAUCCUAUCGACAACCGUGUCCGAAACCAAUCUAAGCUAUUCUUCAAUCGGAAUGUUUGAUCAACUCAUACAAACCGAACGCAGCAAGGAAGAUCAGCUCGUGUCGCGCGUGCAGUCGAAGCAAAAAGCUUUGCUGAACCGUGCCAAGGGGCAGCUGGCCUGGCUGGAGCUUCAGAAGCAGCGCUACCGCGAGAAGGGCAUGACGGAUCAGAUAACGGCCGUUAAGAAGAAGCAGCGUGCAAUACUGUUGCGGCUCGAGAAGGAUCGAGCGGAGCUGAACAGGGCAAUAAAAUCAUCGACGGAAUCAUCGCGCACGGUGACCGGCAAUCAUGGACACGUGCUGACAUCGCGAGUGAUGGAUAGCAAGCUUACCUCGUACUGCUCAUCACCGGUGGCGAACAAUUCCGGCUCGCUCACGCUGCGCAAAUCGUCCCGCAAGGUAAGUGCCACCGUUCACGCACCGGAAAGCCAGCAUCGCGGUUUAACCGGUACGGCUACGACGACUACAAGCAAUUCGAUACAGAUAGCGAUACGGGGUCGAGAACUGGAGCCAAACGAUCGCUUAGAAGACAUUUUGUUACGCCGUGAAGAGGAACUGCGCAAACGCAAGGAGCACGUGCAGCGCUUGCUAGAGUGGCACCGCAAGCUAGAGCGGGAAGAGGAAGAGCUAAUUGCAGUCGAGGAUCGCCUACUAGCGUACAACAGUCGCAAAUUGGAGUCCGCUGGUGGCGCACAGCAGCACACACCGCGCAAAGAAACGUCGAUCGAGGCACGGGUGGAAAGCAUCGAGAAGAGUUUGCGCAUUUUGCACAGCAUCCCGCCCGCCAUCGUUCGCCGGGCUAAGGAGGAACGGGAUGAUGGCGACUCGUCGGGCGGUAAGGCAGCGGAAGUGGAGGAAGAAACUGUGCUGGCGAGAGGCAGCAAGCUGAAUCGAUUGUGGUACCGGUUGACGGGUGUGAAGGAGCAGCGGUACGAGCCGGCCCGCAAUUAUCCUGUAACCCGUCCCCACAUGGAAGCCCUGUACGAGGAUGCUAAACGGUGCGUGCUGGAGGGUUUCCAGCGCAACGAUGUGCAGCUGAGGGAAGCAUUGCUUGAGCAAUCGAUCGGAAUCAGUCACCGCGGAGGUAAUGAAACGGUUGACAGUCACAUUGAAAGUGUGGAGGAGAAUAGAUCCCAUCAAAGCUCGGUUGCUGGAGAAGAAACGGUGCGUGUUGUUCCACCGCAAGCUGAACUUGUUCCAAAAGAAACUGAAAAUGACAUCGUUGCGAAGGGAAUGGAUGAAACAGUAGUGCCGGAGCACGUGGAAACGCUCACAAAGGAGGAAACUGCAAUGUUGGAGCAAGCGGAAAUCAUCACCCAGGAGGACACAGAUGCUCCAGAGUGUGAUCUACCUCCGAUGGAAGAAGAUGCGGGCAAAUGUUUGCUCUCUUCCACCGUUAACGGAUGGUCACCGCCGGCCAGCCGCAGAAGCAUCGAAUCGGUCGAGUUCCACACACUGGAGGAAACGCCAACGCAGCACUAUCAAUCGGCGCUAGAAAACGAAACGGCCACCGAGCGGGACCGAGCGGGCGAAGAAGAAACGGUCAGAAGCGACAGCUACUCGACGUCGUUCGAAGAGCAGCCGCACGAAGGCACAGACGAAGCGGAUGUGAGUGCUGCUGUGGCCGAAGAAAGUCAACAGUUGAUAGAGGAUAUGUCGUUGCCGCCGAUGCUGCUGCUGCUCAACAACACGACCGAACAACUGGAGAUCGACGAUGAGGAUGGUUCCGCAACAAGCAGCAGUAGUAGUAGUAGCAGUAGCACUACUACUAGCAGCUGUGAAAGUAGCGCCACGGUGGAAUUGUCCGUUCCGUUGGGGGUGGAGGAAAAGCUACCAGACGGAGUGGCUACAUCAGAAGAACAAGAUUUGGAGAUGAGUGACGCUACCAGCAUUUCCAUUGCUCAAUCGUUGGAAGAUGUAAGCGAUAGUGGGUCCGUUUCGAACACAACCACGCCGACAACUGUUACGCCAACGAUGGCAAUUGAAAUCGUUGAGAAAGAGGCAGGAUCGGACAAAAAUCAGCUAGAGCCGGAAGAUGAACGGUCUAAUGAGUUGAAAACGGGGAUAACCCCGAGCAAGGAGGAUGUUCCUGCAAAUCAACCACCACCAACGUCGGAAAGCGAUUACGAAGACGAAGAGUUUCACACAAAAUCGUCGAGCGGACAGGGCGGCACUACCUCAGAAUUAGCCAAACGACUCGCCACGCUGCACGAUGAGCUGGAGGAGCUGAGCGAAACGUUCGAACGUACGCCGCUAAUGAAGUCACCCUUAAUGGCAACCCCACCGCAAGCUCUGCCGGAUCACCCGGUGGAGGAUCAGAACAGUUCGGAAGAAACGAUCACGUUUGAUUAUGAUGAAUAUGGUGGUGAAAUUACUCCACCCUCGGAGGAACCGGUAAAGGAUGAAGAGGAAGAACAAUCUUCAACGAGUGAGCCAAAGGAGGAGGCAGACCAGGUCGCUUCGAAAAUAGAGGUAAAACUACGCACAAAAACGGUGGGAAGCGAUGAUACGAUCGCGAUCGCUACGGGAACUACCUCGUAUAGUCGGGAUGAUCAUACGGAGAGCAUUGCAACGCCACCACCAGCACCACCGUCUCCCAGCAUCGGUGUGCGCAUGCCGGACAUCAUCAACGAGGCGGAAGUGCUGCGCCGCCAGCAGCUACAGAUCGAGCAGGAGAUCAAGGAGCUCGAGCAGCAGGUGGGAUUCUUCCGCGAAAUCCCCAACAAACCACCGCCACCGUACAUCCCACCCGCCAACGGAAGUCCACUAGCGCUGCUCUUUCCACCCGACGCACGCAUCGACGAGCUGAUUGACGGGCGGGUGGAACAGUUGCAUCGCGAUCGCGUCGCACCGGAAAGCUUACGCUCCGAUCACGUAACCAACGUGUACGAAAAGCUCAUCCUCGACAUGUGCGUCGAGUUUUAUCGCGAUCUGCGCCCAGCCGAACCGACCGUCUCGUUCCGCACGAUAGCGCACGAUAAGCGACCGCUCGUGUUCCACAAUCCGCCCGAUGCGCUGGGCUGCAUGAAGGAUUACAUACGGGCGAAAAUCCGACGCGUCCUGUCCGACGCACAGCUUACGCUGCAGCAGCAACAGCAGCAACAUCAGCAGCAUCAGCUGCUGCUGCAUCAUCAGCUGCAGCAACAUCAGCCCGCACACUCCCAGCUGCAUCAUCAUCAUCAUCAUUUGCUGCACCACGGGGGACACUGUGCGGCCACGGCAUCGUUGCCCUUCCUGUACGGUAACGGGUGUGCCAGCAAGCGCAAACCGGACCAGGUGGAUGAGAUACUGAAGCAGGAAACGCACGAUGACGAUGCGCGCUGGACCAACUUCGAUCGGGAGGAGAUCGAGGUGAAGGAUCGCAUUACGGACGAGCUGCUGAAAUCGCUGCUGCUCGAGACGCUCAAAGAUAUGGGCCAAGCGUACGGGGGUAAGUUGAAGCGAGACCGGCUGGCCAAACGACAGGAAAGUGCCAUGUAGGAGGGAGAGAGAGAGAGAGAGAGAGAGCGAAAUCGAUCGUCACGCACUACAACCACACAUGUAUUGUGAUAGAGAACCUGGAGUGCAUUUUAUGCUAGUUUUAAUACCUUUUAGUGUGCUUUUAAAUAGUUUCGUAACUUUAUUGACUGAUUUUAAACGCAAGUGCCCGUUAAUGAUUUACGCGCAACGAUCGCGUACCACAUAGAGAGAGAUUGAUACGCGUCUGUGUUUAGUUUGCUCAAAUUUUACAUUUUACUUAAUUUUAACCUUAACUUUGCUGAUAAUUGUUAGUUGGGCAUGUUGGACGAUGUUGAAUAAAAUUAGCAUUUUAGAGCCAGUACACAAUAACAAGCUGAUUGUUGCAUUUCUUUCAAACGAUUCACUCGAAUUGUUCUCUCCCCUGGCCGGGAGCCAGUGAUCAUCACACGUUGUUGUAAUAGUUUUAAUUCAUGGUGGUUUUAUUUGCGUUUAAUUCUAUUUACUUUACGAUCUUCUAUACAACACAGCUACGUUUGGGAGGAUGGGAUAUAGGGUGGAGAAGGAGAAAAAUGGGUAAUUAAUCAUCCCAACGCAUAGCGCAUAUAGUGCUAGCUUAGUAGUAUGCGCGCCGUUGGUUUUUUUUUUUUUGUAACAUUCUUUUGCUUGGUUGGGGAGCAGUAGAUUUUGUUUUAAUUAAGUAUAAUUAUUAUUUAAAAAAAUAGCACAGUAGCAAAAAAAAAAGUAUAAAAAUGAACCUCCUAUCGUAUUUUGCACGCAUUUUCUCUCUACCCUUACUUCAUCAGUCAUCGAUCAUUCCCUAUAAAACGCGCUCCAUUUGCAGCAUCAAAACCACGCUCAUACGCUCCACACAAAUUCUAUUGAAUGAAUAUUACUUUUGAUAAAGCAAACUCACAACACAAAAAAAGAAAAUUAUUCACCUGUGUUUAAACGCUCAAGCACAACAUCUUUCAAUUGAGUUGGUCGCUCUGUUUCUGGAGUAGCAUCUAUAAGACACAAAACUCUGUCAUGCAGACACGGAAGGGUUGUGUGUAAUGUUUGUGGUCUGCAGUUACACUAAACACACUAUACCAAAACAAGCUUCACAUUUAAAUUAUCCAUACAAACAUGUUCUAAAUCCAGUCGCGGUGACGCUUUUGUAUGGCUACAUGCUCCUUUCGCACUUCGCAGAGUACGUGUCAACAUAGGAAAAAGCAUUCAAUUGUACUCCUCCCGUCCCCAUUGUUUAUGUGUUUUAUGUUUUGCUUUAAAUCUGACUGUGCGCUAUUGCUAACCGCGUGUCCUGUUCUAGUACUACUACCCACUACACCGACCACAGUAGACGCUAGGUGUUUAGGCUACCCCCCACAAACCGAUCCUUUCAUGUUCUAACUUUAACAAUACUUGAAACGCGUGUCUGUAUGUGUGUAUGUGUGUGUAUGUC